UUUUCGCUAGCUUUUUAUCCCAUCUUAUGUUUAUAGUUUUAAAGUAUGAAGCUUAAUAUAGGUUAUUCGCCAACAUCUCCGUCGUAUUCUCCGACUAGUCCUGGCUAUUCACCGAGCAGUCCGCGAUAUUCACCAACUUCUCCUACGUAUAGUCCAACAAGUCCGACAUACUCACCAACUUCGCCAACUUAUUCGCCGACAUCACCCACAUACAGUCCGACAAGUCCAAGUUAUGGUGGCAGCGGAUACAGUCCAUCAAGUCCUCGAUACUCACCGACAUCCCCUACAUAUUCUCCCACAAGUCCAACGUACAGUCCAACAUCACCGCAGUACAGCCCGAGCAGUCCACAGUAUUCUCCUUCCUCGCCGCAAUACUCUCCUAGUUCCCCAAGACCGGAUGCGUCACCUUCAUAUUCCCCCUCGUCUCCUCAGUACAGUCCUACAUCUCCUGUGUACACUCCAAGCAGCCCGCAGUAUUCUCCAAGUUCUCCUCAAUACACUCCAUCAGGAAAUCCAGCGUCGCCAGUGUAUUCGCCUUCUUCGCCACAGUACAGCCCCAGCUCUCCUCAAUAUAGUCCCAGUUCACCGAAUGUAA